AUGUCGACAUCAAACUCGGACUCAAUUGACCCAUUGGGGGUGCAAGAAAACCACGGCAAGAGUGCUUCAAAUCUGAACACACAACCAUUUGAGGACAAGAAAGAGCAUGAUGAUGACAAUUCUCUCCACUCUGGUGGCUUUGCUGGUGCAGCAUUAGCGAAAGAGCAAUCAGCACGAAGGGAUUCUGCUAAACCACGACAACUGGUGGUUUCCAUUAAGCUCACCCAUAAAGAGCGUAUGAGGGAGUAUAUAAAGGCAGCUCCAAAGUUUGUUUGGGCAUAUGUUCAGGUAUUUUGCAUUUAUGUUGGGUUUCUCAGUAUCUACUGGGGGACAUUAUACAAACGACUGGAUAGGUUUCAGAAUGUUGAGAUGUUAGUGGUCAAUGAUGAUACGCCCUUCUCAAGUAAUGGGACCCAAAUUCAACCAUAUAUAUCUGAUGCGUUUAUUGACUUAUUACAAGAGCCGCUGACCAGUCGUUUGGCCAAGUUCAUAGUUGUCAACACAACAGAAUUUCGUGGUUUGGCCGACUCUCACAACAACACCCUAUAUGAAGAAGUUCUUAGACAGAUUCACCAUCAGAAAUAUUGGGCAGGGUUCUACAUUAAACCAAAUGCGACGCAACUUAUUUACGAUAGUUUUGCUUCCGGGAAUGCAACUUACAUGACUCUGGGACCAAUUAACAACACAAUUACAGUGGUGUAUGAGACGGGACGUCAUUUCUCAGCAUUGAACCAAUACCUCAUUAGGAAUUUGAAUGAGGUGGCAUUUGAUUGGAAUACUCAGCUUAGCAAUAGGGUCUACCCGGAUAUCAUACAAUCUUUGUCAUCGACGCAGCAGCAAAACCUUCUUCAAAACACAUCAAUACCCAUAUUCACUACGUUUCCUAUUCUCACCUUUGUUGACAAUAGGUCAUCAUCAAAUUCCGCUAUUCUAGGCCCUUCAGAGUUGGGUCUUAUCUACGCUCUUUUGUUUUCAUUCAACCAAUUUAACUUUUCGUUGGAAAUAUACCGGAUAAUGAGGGAGAGGUUGAAAUACCGCUCAUACGUGUUCUACCGCGUGGUUGUCUCUCAAUUAAAUGCAUUGUUAUUAGCAUUGGUUUACGGUUUGAUGACCAUUGCUUUGAGAAUUCCCACAGAAGCAGCUUUCGGCCAUGCUGGAUUUGUUGUGCUCUGGAUGUUUAUGUACCUCUACCUAAGUGCAGUUGGUGUCGUCAAUGAGAUUGCGGUGCUGGUAAUCAUGGCGUUUGAACAACAAUUAUUGAUGGCGCCGUGGAUGAUUUUCAAC